AUGGAUAGACCAAGCCAGCUCACAACUCAAGAGUGUUCAAAGACUCUAGCAAAGUCACGUCUUGAGACUACUGCCCACAAACAAGAUCAAGACAGCAACAAAACUGCGCAUGAUGGACGUUCGGGUAUCAACGGUCAUGCCGUGCCAGAAGCUGAGCUUUCAACACCGCUCCAUCUUGAAUACAGCGACAACAUGACUAUGGAAGAUGGAAUGGAUGACAUUUCGAGUCAAGACAUUGAUACAGUGACCUUGGGCAGCGAAACCAGGGUGAAGCAGCUCACUGUUACACUCCAGUUGCCCGGCGCCAAGCUUUCUGCCUUCAGCUCACCAGAUAGACAAGAUGAAUCCAUCAAGUCAAUUGAUGACACUCAGCUCGGCUACGAAGAGACUUCUGUUGAUUUCCUCCCGACGAGCCAAUUUCCGGAGCCAGAUGCGCGCCGGGAUGACCAGCAGAUGACUGAUGCUGAGCCUCCUUCCAAUGGAGCGACACCUAAGAGCAAUCCCACAAUCAUCAAGAUUGAAGAGCAACACGACGAGAUUCUCUCUGAACGACCCUCUGAAGGGCCUUUGCAGCCGACAGCUCGCGCCGACGCCAGCAUGGACAUGCCUAUGGAUGAUGUGCAAUCGACUCCCGACCAAGUCGAGAAGAUUACUGAGAGUUUUGGAAACAACGAUCAAACGAUGCUACACGUCGCCGCAUCAAACCCAAUUUCUAACAUUGACACUGACAUGGUCAUGAAUUAUUCUUCUCCACCACCCGAACCUGCCAUUGAACAGUCUAAGACCCAACAACUUGAUGACGUCGCAAACUCGGAUGGCUAUCUCACGGAUGCUGAGGUCGUCCUUGAGGAUUCAAAGCCGGGUAAGGGCGAUUCAAACAAACUGAAGCAGGAAGAAGUACUACAGGAUCAAGUAACAAAUAAAGAAUGUCAAAGUGCCCACGGCCUACAUACUUACGAGGCAGCUAUUUCGUCUCUGAAUGGUUCUCGGCAACAGCUCCAGGAGCACCCUUAUCCUCCCUCCCAGCAACCACGAUCCCUCCGCCCUUCGGUCGACACGACUGAGCCUGAUCUAGAAAGCCAUAUUCGGCUCCUUGAGCUUCAGGCUCAGCAACGAAAGGAGGCGCUUCAAGCUGCGCGAUCUCAGGCACAAACGGCGUCUGCCACUUUUGGUCAAGGUAGACUCAGUAUGGCUUCUGCUUUGCCCGCACCAUUUGUUAUGAGGCCACCGCAUCAGCUGGGGGUUCCUUAUUCCCCAUACAUGUCAAACGGAUACACACACACGGACUCGCAGUUUCCAACAUAUGGAUACUACAGUCAUGGACAGAUGCCGCGCAGCAUGGGUCAAGCCCAAUAUUCUCCCAGUUAUACGCUUCAAGGUCAAUAUGGCACGCUUCCAGGCUCGAAUGGUGCAAUCGCUGGUGGGCAGUACCAUCAAUCAGGACAGGCCCAACAACUCCAAUACCAGCGAGAUAUCUUUGGAGCCCAGAGUCAGCGUCAACAGACUGAAUAUUCUAUGAGCCAAUCCGAGUCAGACUCUGAGGAUCAACGACCCAAGCCGCGACCUAAAUCUUAUUCUUCUGGAGAGCAACAAGGCUCUUCCAGUACUCUCCACGCCCCUCUGGAAGUAUCCCCUGGCAACGCCCACGAUGCCAACAACUUCGACUCCUCUGCCCUCGACGACCACACCGCCCAAUCCCCUCCCGCCACCCCGAUCGACUUCGCCCUCCCACGCUACGAAGUCCAACGCCAACCCGUCAUAAGAAAAGAAGACAUACCCUCAGCCAAAGUCUCCCUCCCCGGCCUCGUCCGCGAAGAACUCCUCCUCUCACCCGACCACGCAGACCAAGAACUUCACCUCCUCCUCAACCUCUUCCUCCCCGCCCAACAACGCCUCGCCACACCAGACCCCGCGCCCGCCACCGCCGUCCUCAACUUCCACAACAUCGCCCUCAUGGUCAUCGAGGCCUUUGUGCAGUACGAAAUCGGAGAUGAAUUCGGCACCGGCAGGGGCCACUGGCACAACGACCACGACGACGAUGGCGAGGGCGAGUAUGUGCGCGUGCGCGACGCGACGGAGGCAAAUCCAGAUGACAUCUUCUUUGCGGUUGUGGAUCGCUGGCGUGCGGGGAUUGAGAGUGGGAGGAAGGGUGUGUUCUUGAUUCGCGGGGCGCAGGAGUUUUGCGACGUCGCGCUUGACGUUAUUUACUAUGUUAAGGAGCAUGGCUUGUUGAGGCCGGAGUCUAAGGAGAAGAAGGGUAGGGGGAAGGGGAAGGGGAAGGCUGGGGAUGAGGAGGGAGGGGAUAAGGGGAAGAAGAGGGGCGCGCAGAAGGUGGUGAAUGAGGUGGAGUCGAGGAAGAAGGCGAAGAGUACUACUGCCAAGGGCAAGGGGAAGGUUACGGUUUCGAAGUCUGUUGUCGUGGUCAAGAAGAGGUAG